AUGGCCACUGCCAGACCCCCGGAAUAUGCGGUGGGGUUGCGGCAGUCGGCCGGGGGGUCCGCUGCCAGACUUGGCGGCGGCGACAGCGCCGCCUGUUCUGGCUCGGGGGGUCCAGCUGGUGUCCAGGCUGGCAGCGGAGGGAACGCUGCUGACAGCCCCCGGUCGCCACAUCAGCCAGAUACUGAUGCCAACCAGGGGAGGAGAGAUCAGUGCGAGAACAGCGAAUCAGAACACAACCUCAAAGCAGCUGCAGCCCUGGACCAGCACCCGCCGCUCUAA